AUGCAGGCCAGUCAUCUGUCUACCUGUGCCGCCCGUGCGCAUGGCGACGGCGAAGAAGACGGAGAAGAGCCGGACGCCGGCAGCAGAGAUCGGGCCAUCGGCUUGCACGAGACCCCGCAGGUCGUCGUCGUCCUCCUCCUCUGGCUGGCCCGGGGACCGCCACACGAGCGGGUACAAUAA